AUGCAAAUUGUUGAAAUGAUGAUUCUUCCAUUAACAAUUUCCUCAGUAAUUUCUGCAUUAGCACAGACACGCCCUUCUGUGGCUGGCAGAAUGGGGUUAUUAACUGUUGCCUAUUAUAUGACAACAACAUUUCUUUCAACUUUUACAGGAAUUUUGCUUGUUUCUUGUAUUCAUCCCGGUGAUCCUCAACUUAUACACGAAUUGGGAGAGGGGACUUUAGAUGACACAGCUUUAUCGCCACUUGAUACAUUUUUGGAUCAAAUUAGAAAUAUGUUCCCAGAAAAUAUUGUCCAAGCAACAUUUCAACAAGUCCAAACUAAUUAUGUUCCAGUCAAGCCCCCAAGAGUUCCCCCUUCCAAACCUUUAUUUAAUUCAACAAACACAACAACAGCAAAAAUACCUCUAAAACCUAUUUUGGAAUAUACAAACGAAGUUAAUGUUCUUGGCCUAUUAGUUUUUUGUACUGGAUUUGGUGUUAUUUUGUCAGUUUUGGGUGAUCAGGCUAGGCUGAUGAUUAAUUUCUUUAUUGUUUUGGAUGCUGUUAUAAUGCGUUGGAUUAGCGCUUUAAUGUGGUGUUACCCAAUAGGUAUUCUCUCACUUGUUUGCAAAAAUAUAGUUGAUAUAGAUGAUUUAACUGCUACAGCUCAGCUUCAAGCAAUAGCUACUGCUUUUGGGACUGCUUCGAGUGGCGCCACACUUCCAGUCACUUUUCGGGCACUAGAACAAAAUUUAAAAAUUGAUAGGCGUGUUACUCGUUUUGUACUUCCUUUGGGUGCUACAAUAACUAUGGCAAUAAUUAAAUUAUAUUUUUUAGAAAUUUUUAUUAUUUUUUUAAAGGAUGGAACAGCAUUAUAUGAAGCUGUUGCAGUUAUAUUUAUUGCACAACUACAUAAUGUCAAGCUUACUGCUUUAGAGAUUUUAACUAUAAGGUUUGGAUGUUUUGACACUUGUUUUAACAACUGUGAUGGUUUUGGCUGUGGAAUUAUUUCACAUUUAACAAAAGAACGCUUACUGGAAAGCGAUACAAAUGAAUUAAUUAAAUACAAUAAUACAAUAAGGGACGAAGAAAAUAUUAAUAAUCCUCCUUUAACACCUAUUGAAAUUGGAAGAAAAACACGUUUACAAAAGCAGAAUCAGUUAACUCCAAUUGCUUUACGUCCUUUACCAUCGCAACAAAAUGCCACAUCAAGCCAAACACAACAACAAACAAACAUUCCCAGUAGAGCAGAUUCUUUAAAACUUCAAUUACCAAAAAUUCUACCUCCACCCUCCCCAUCUUCUCUUCCAAUACCAACUCCAUCAAUUCACAAAUCAACUACAACACUAAUUCCUGGUGAUAUACAAAAUAAACGUAAAGGAAGUCAUCAGUCUGGAAGUACAGAUGAAAGGCGAUCUUUACUUGAUGGAUGUUUUGAAUUUACUGUUUAA